AUUUGUUGUUAUUUUGAAAUACAAUUAAAUUGUUGUCAUAUUUAUAUGGAUAUGAAUUGAAUGAACAUUUCAUACAAAUUAUAAUUGAGUUCAAAAUCAUAUCAAACAAUGGAUUCAAAGAAAGAGAAAUACAAAUCAUUACCACAAGAAGUGCUAUCAGUUGGCCAUCGGAUCGGUUUGAAGCAAAGCAGUGACACUGAUAUCAUCGACUCGUUUGUGAACCAAGUUUUGCCCAAAAGUGUCACUGAAGGCGACCUCCGGUUUACGACAUAUCUGUUGAAUGAAAACCGGAAGACAACUGAAACGAAGAAAGAGUGGAAACGCCGAAAGAAAUGCAAAUUUGGUCUCAAAUUGACGGCAAAAGAGAGGAAAAGUUUGUUUGAUUUGAGUAAAAAUGAUGUCAAAUACGAGACGUUUGACAAAAUCAAUCAUUUGUGGCAUAAAUACAUGGAUUCCGUGAUGAAUGAGAUCAAGUCGAAGAGUGAUGAAAUCAAACUGAUUAGAGCCGACUUCCACGGCUCCUUCUUCGUGGUGUCCGCCGCUAAGAACCCGACAUUAGUUGGCGUUAAGGGAUAUGUCGUCAAUGAAACGAAAAACACGUUCAAAAUCGUCAAUAAAGACAAUCGACUUCUGACGGUUCCCAAAGACGGCACAGUCUUGGCCUUCGAGCACAACCAACGGAUAUAUAAACUGAACGGAUAUAACCUUAAGAUGAGUUCACACCACAGAUCAAAGACUAAACCGAAAUUAAAAAUAAAUGAAGUGUUUGUCGACAUGUGA